AUGGCCUUCUACCCUCCCUCCAACUCCUCCUACACUCUGGCCAAUUUUCUCGCCGGACCCUCUGCCGAUUCACCCGCAACCACCACAGCAGAGGCCAAUUUUGCGGGUCCUCAAAAGGAGAAGACCCACCAGGCAGCCUCUCAGAGCCCGCCUGGCCGGGCAGAACAUCCUCCUCCCAACUCGGAGUUAAAUGAAUUGACUGUCCUCGAGCCGGCCUUUUCAGAUCCAUCCAUGGCCGUUCUACAGACAGUGCUCUCGGAUCCCGAAGCCUCCACCGUCGUCCCCUUCCAGACGCCGGUCUGCAAGGUUGCCUCCUCUGCCGAUCGGCAGAGGUCGAAUGUUCUAGACUCCCUCCCUCCGCCACCCCAACCCUUGUCUCUUCCUCCGCCCCCAGCCUCGGGCAAGAAGAUGCCACAGUCUCUGCUCCUGCUCACCGGCCAGAGUUGGUCAGGGGCUGGGAAUAAUGCUGCCAUCUCGGGGCAUACAAAUGGCGUCGGUUGGAUGGAUUCGGCCGGCAGUGCUGAUCAUGAAUACGGAAUUACCGCCAUCGGC